GAAACUAGACUCCUGGGCUCAUAAAUAAAAGAUCCCCUGUGCGGUGCUGGCUGAUCACCGGGGCUCUUUCAGCUGUAUAAGUGGUGAAAGGCGACAUAAUCUGCCCACAUUAAGAUCUGAACUGAGAUUGAGACACGCACACAGAGCGGACCUGGAGAGACGCUCAUCUGGAGGAACCACAUAAGUCUCCUGGCGGCAGCAUGAUUAACCCGCAGCAGCAAGGCGAGCCCUUCCUGCACGACCCUCCUCCGGUCUUCGGGAAGCCCUGGUACUGGCAGCGCAGCAGCAGCACCAUGGAGAGCAGCCGCAGCCUGGCGCAGGUCAUCAUGGAGAUGCGCGACGAAAUCAAGAAGCUGGAAGCGGAAAACCGAGAGCUGCGGGGGGACUGUGGUGGUCAGCACUCAGGGACGGCAGGAGAAACCAGCGCUGGAACGGAGCAACCCGCGAUACUGGAAAACCCCUAUGGGAACCUGAGACGGAAUGCGUCUGCGCCAGUCCUGGAGGGACGGUACAAAGAAAACACUGCCAUGACUGUGCGAAGGUACUCCACAAGCUCCAGCCUCUCCGGGUUGACAGUGAGAGAGGGGAGAAUCGACAACAGGCAGAGUAACUCAGGAUGGGAUAGACUUCAUGAAGAAAUCCAGCAUGACAGCGAUGUGCUUGGGGAAGCAGAGAAAGCCAACAACCGCCACUCACUGCAGGAGUACGUCCAUAAAAACAGGGCAAAGGUAAAAACUGUAACCUUCCUUCUCCCCGUUGACGACAUUUACACCAGUCGACCUGUUCUGACCAAACACCAAGAGGAGCCCAAAAUCACCGGUCUGGCUUCCAUAGCCGAGACCGAGUCCUGAGAAAUAACGUUAAAAGACUUCGGACAUAUUAUUGCAACAGGUUGAAGAUCUAAACUGGAACUUUGCAUCCUCAUCUGAGUUUUUUCUUCCCUCCUAACUAGGUCAAUUUAGAUUGGGCUCUUAAUGAGUAAGCAAGCAGACCGAUUUUUAUCACACCUGACCAAGAAACUGGAGUCUCUGAUUACAGGUGUUCUUUUCAUUUGGCCAUGGCAAUCUAUGCCUGGUCAACAGGGAGGAGACGCAGGCCUCUCUGAACAGAGGAUCAGGUAUCCGAACUCCUCUCCCGGUCCGGGCUGUGGUUUCAGGGUGACACAUGUGGCAGCCUUUAUCAGACUCAGCUGUGGUCGCUGACUCAGUCCGUGUGAGCCACGUCACAGUCAUUAUUUAUUCAUCUCUUGUUCUCUUUACAAGGAACAGUGAAAUGCAUAUCCACAACCCCAAGUCAAACUGGCAUCCUGAAGAGGAUUUCAUUUGUAGCCCGUGCAAAAUGGGAAUUAAAGGUAUCACCGACAACAUGUGUCCGUUAUUCAGGAGGUUUAUUUAGCAACAUUACCCAAUAUGUCACAACCACACAUUCUCCUCAUUAAAAUCUAAAAAUGACACAUGAAACAUCAGUUUUUACUGCCUGAUAAGCAGCAACGUGGUUUAUGUAAUUAUGUAGUCAGCUUUUGCAUGAACAAGAUCAAUCUGUGUCCUCUUGUGAACUCUUUUACACAGCAAUGAGAUAAACAUUCACUACCAUGUUUUAAUUUUCAUGGAAUGCACCGAGUUGAUUGUUUAAAAUGAAACACAAUCAAAAUUAACACUGGUACAAAAGUAAACAUUUUCCCCAAGAGGAAACACAGGCAAGUCUCCCUAGAGAUUCACUAGGAUCUCUAGUGAUUGAGUUACAAGUGAAGCUGUACUGUCGAACUCAAAAGCAGAAUGAGCAAACUAGUGUCUUGUAUGGAGUUCAGUGUUUCCCCUGUUGAAGACCAGUUUACAGCUGCUUCAACUGGACUGAGGAAAUGGAGCAAAGUCAGUGAUCUGCUACAUCCAAACAUCAGCAGAUCACUGAGUAGAUUCCCCUUCAAAUUUAGCACAUUUUGCGCUUCGACAACAAAUAAUUGGUGAAUUUGAAGAGAUUGACAUAGAUAAUUGUGUAAUGAAAGAAAAAUGAGACAUGGUUUCAAAAUAUCUCACAAAAAAAACAAGCAUUCAAACGUGUGGCGUACUUCUGUAUUCUGCCCUUUUUAAUCUGAAACAUAAAUUAAUUCAAGUGAAAAGGUUUAAACUUACAGCAGCGCAAAUGGAAACAUGGUUUUCAUUUCCUUCAGGUUCUUAUGUAUACUGUGUUAUACUGAUUACUGUUUCUGGUCUAUCGCAUAAUAACUGAUCCUAAAAUUAUGAUCAGGUUGUAAAAUGUGAAGAAAAUCCAAGUGGAAUACAUUUGCUAAGGACUACAUGCUUAAAAGAAAGUAUCACAAGUAUAAUAAAAAGUUAAAAA